UCCAGCUUCAGUUCUGCUAUCUGCUCCUUGUGGAAUUACUACCAGCAUCAUCAUGACUCUUGAGGAAGUUCUCAUCCAGAAGCCCAGCGAGAGAGCUCAGUGCACUGGAAAAGCACUGGAAGAAGUUUUGGUUUCUGCCAAAGCGAACGACCGCCUUACCACUGGCGUUUACGAGUCUGCCAAAGUUAUGAAUGUUGACCCAGACAGCGUGUCUUUCUGCGUCCUGGCGAUGGAUGAGGAGUUUGAGUGCGACAUCGCUCUCCAAAUCCACUUCACUCUCAUCCAAGCCUUCUGUUUCGACAACGACAUCAGCAUCGUUAGAGUGAAUGACAUGCAACGUCUUUCUGAGAUUGUUGGUGACAGUACUGAACAAUUUGAGGAUGCUCACUGCAUUCUUAUCACGAACCCAGCUGAGGACUCGUGGGAGGAUCCAGCUCUGGAGAAGCUUCACAUGUUCUGUGAAGAAAGUCGCAGCUAUAACGAGUGGGUUCCUGAGAUCACUCUGCUCGAGCGUUGAUCUGGAGCUUUACUCUUCUCUGUUGAGAUGCUGUAAACCUUGAGGAAUACUCGACUCAUCCUUCGAAGCAAGGAUGCUGAUGUUUCCACAUCCCUGGAUGCUCCUGAGGAGGCUGAACCGUCCAGGCAGCGCGAGGCAGGCCCGAGUGGCCCUCGCGGUUCUACGUCGUUCCUCGUCCCGUCCAUGCCAAGAUGAUCCUCAUUCUUUAUGUGAACGAGGUCAGGUAUGCCACGAGAGCGACACAAUGGCCCUCAUUCUUUGUGCGAAUGAGGUUUGGAGAGG